CUGCUUCCGUUGCUAACUAUAAAAUCUGUCCGUUAGGCGAAAGAGUCAUAGUAACAAAUUCAAAGCCCUCGAUAUAUAAUAGUGAAGUGUCACAGAAAAUCCAAGAACCAGUUUCCAAGCUCCUACUUGGAAUUUCUCAAUUUAUAUUCAAGCUUUACACCAGUUCAGGGGUCUGCUAAUGACAGCGAGAACCAAGCUCCUACUUGCUUUCUACUAGUACUGGUAGCAUUGUUGCUCGAGUGCACUUGUAGGGCGAAAUGAGACCACCUGGACCUGGUCCUGGAGGGCCAGGACCUGGUGGGCCUGAUUGGGGUCCUCCCGGACCAGGCGGUCCUGGAGCUCCUUGGCCUGGACAAGGCGGUCCCGGAGCUCCUUGGCCUGAACCUGGAGGGAUGCUUGCGGGUUUCUUCGGUGGCUUGUGCAACGGGAUAACUUCAUGUCUCUACGUGUUGUGCUGUUGCUGGUUGAUCCAAGACUGCUUCGGCGGUCCACCUCCACCAGGGCCUCCUGGUGGCCCACGUGAAGCUCCUCCUGGAUUCCCUGCUCCAGCUCCCCCACCGCCCGUCUUACCUGUUCCAGCUCCAGCUCCACUCCCACCCGGCCCACCUUUACCUUAUGCUGUUCCACCCGGACCUCCUGCUGGUCCACCUGGGCCUUUUGGUGGCCCACCAGGACCUCCUGGCUUCCCUCCUGGUGGCCCUCCAGGACCACCUCCUCCUUAGUUGUAUCAGGCAUGAAGCAUCUAUAUAUAUAUACUAACAAUAACAAAUGUCGUUUGCUGGGUGAAAUCCUCUUCUGCAUCAUUAUAUUCUGCUGAUAAAAACAUGCUACAAGUUCACCGGCGUUGUUUGAGUUGUGUCAUAUCCCUUUUAAUAUCCAAAUUAUUGUUUUGUUUUCCGUAAGAUUCCUAAGAUCUCAAUUCCAAACAAAAAUAACAGCGAAAGUAAUUUUCCAAUUUAUCUGGAAGAAACUACUCAAUUGAGGUCCAAGCUAAUGUAUCUUAGGUGGCAAUUUGAGUUUAACAUCGAGUCAUUUUCAGGUUAUGUCUGAAUAUCAUCAAAUCGAAUUCAAUAACGUUGUCAUUAAAUUUUUUCUUGGAUUGAUAAUUUCAUAAAACGGCACUCACAAACGGUGAGAAUCCCUCUCACCGCACAUCCAAAUGAAGCAUAAAGCAAUGUCAUUGUCGGCUUUUAAUCAUAUCUGCAUUGCUCCAGCUUGUGGGUCCAAAGAAUUAAGAGCCCACAGCA